AUGCCGCCGAAAAGGACCAACACUAGUGCACUUUCAGACGCGUCCAGCUCGACCAUCCCCAAGCGUCCAAGAGGACGACCGCGUAAGGAUGCCGAUGUGUCGCUCAGCUCGACAGUGGGCGGACCCACUCCUGCGAGGAGAAGCGCUGCAGCCUCGUCGUCCUCGUCGUCUCGCAGACAAGCACAGGACUCCGGCGACGUUUCGCUAGCUUCCACCCUUGCACCCUCCACACCGGCUCAGCCGAAGAAGCGAGGCAGACCGGCCAAGUCGAGCCUCACAACCCCCGCCAUGCGCGCCUUCACUUCCGCAGACACGAGCGCCGCUUCGAGCGCUGGACCCAAGAAACGCGGCCGCCCACCCAAGCCAAAAUCGAUCCUAUCGGCGCGUGACGACCGUACCCUCACCUCGCCCGACAACAGCGUGUCUUUCUCGGAUGAUCCAGCACACCGAGCCCUGUUGCGCGGCCUGGCCAACCAGCGCGCAGUCCGCGAUGCCGACACCACCGCCGGCUCUUCGGUCGCUCCGCCACGCAAGAGAGGCAGACCGCCGAAAUCAGCGGGGACCGCCACAUCCGACACCUCGAUCGACAUGUCUGCCGCUGCGACGCCGAACGCUCCAGCUCGAAAGAGGGGCCGACCCCCCAAAUCUGCUUCCGCAGCAGUUGAUGCGUCCGUCUCGAUGCCCACCGAUGCAACACCAGAAGCACCAGCUCGCAAAAGAGGCAGACCUCCCAAAUCUGUAUCUACGGCUCCCAACAACUCGGUCUCGACGUCAACGCCUGCCGCCAAGCGCAGAGGUCGACCAUCCGGCAGCAGCAGUGCCAAGAAGGAUGCGAGGACGGCAGCUCCCGAUGCGCUGAGACGAUCGAGACCAGUGGAAGAUUCGGCCGAGUCGGAUGUGUCGCUGGUCGACGGCGGCUCCGACGAGGCUUCUGAAGCGGACGACGCCGAGCAGUCGGAUGCGGAUGUCAUGUCGUCCGACGGCGAGGCAGGAGCAGCUGCACCCCGACGACUCAAGUCCAAGAAGCGCAAGGACUGGCCGAGCGAGCGCGAGCGUCUGCGCAAGUGGCGCCGCCUCAGCGUUCAGGAGCGCGAAUGCAUCACUUCCGAAGGCGGCCUCAUCUGGCGCACAGCCAUUCCGCUGCUCAACUCGAUGCCCAAGAACAUCCGAUCCAUGGUGGCCGACAGUCUGACGCGCGCGCUCAACCGCAUCGACGGCAAGCUCGAGACGGGGCUCGUGCCACCGCUGGCGCGCAUUCCGCUGGGCAGUGCUACCAACACGAGUCGGCGCGAUCUGCCGAGCAGCAUGCUCGCCUGGCGUCUCGAAGAGGAAGGCUCGCUCCUCCGCGCCGAGGCAGGCGACACGCCCGAGGCCAGGUCGAUCGACACCAUGAGUCUGGGUAUGAACGCCGAGAUUACGGAGCUGGAGCAGAUGUUGUUGCCCGAAGCCGAGCAGAUUGUCGGCCUGUCCAAGACGCUCGAACACCAGACACAGCAGCUGGAACAGUCGCAGGCCGAUAUCGCCCGGCUCAAGCGCGAACGCAAGCUCAUCAAGUCGCAGGGAACUUCCGACUACCCUCCCAAUCUCGAGGCUCACGAUUUGCUCUCUGCCUCGGCGCAGAAACCAGAAUUGGACGCCACGCUUGGCUCCUACUUUCGUCUCGGGCGUCAGUCCUAG